AUGGCUCCCCAAAGAUCCACAGGAGGGCGCAAAUACACCUGCUCUUCGGUAUCAUCUCUCAAGGUUGCUUGUCAGUAUUGUAAUGAACUGUACACAUCCCGAGGCCUCAAAUCACACGAACAAAGCUGCUUGCGACGGAAGGAAAAGAAGAAAGAGGAUAGAGAGUUUUCACGGGCCGCAGCCAGGUCAAUUUUGAAGGAAGGAAAACACAAACAUCGCAGCAAUAAAGGGCGCACUCAUGAGGCUGCCCGAGAUACCACACUAGUCAUUCAAGAGGCUGGUUCAGCAGCUGAUUCUCCAUCCGCAGCGGAUUCACAUUACCAUUAUGAUGACGCAGGUUUUGAAGGCCUCGAUGAUGUGCAAAGUGUCGGGAAAGACACACGGCUACGUUCUGAUUCUGAUAUCAGCAUGGGUAAUAACAUUCCUGCUCCAAUUUCAGUAGCCACAGCAACUACCUCAGAUCGUCUCGACACAUUCAAGACCGAAUAUCACCCUCACAGUGGUCACGCUCCAAUCAUCGAGAGCUUUUCUGUUUACGGGACCAAUAAGCCGGAGACGACACAAUCACCUGUCAUCGAUGACGAGCCAUGGCAGCCUUUCAGCUGUCGUGCAGACUUCGAGUUUGCUGAACUCGCCCACCGAGCUGCCUUGAGCAAAGACCAAACUAAUGAACUACUCAAGUUCAUCUGGAGAGUUGCGGAUGGUCGCACGAACUUUACUUUCAAAACUCACAAUGACGUGUCAGCUGCAUGGACGAGGGCAUCCAGCCAACUGACUCCUUUUGAAAGACAUGUUGUACCUGUUGAGUAUAAGAAGGAAAACAUCGAGUAUGAAGUAUAUUCACGACCACUAUGGGACUGGGCAUUGGACCUCUUGGAUAACCCCUUGCUAGCACCCGCACGACUGUACAAACAUGACGGAACUGAUUUUGAACGCUUCUUCCAUGAGCCAUGGACAGGAGACCGCUGGUGGGACUUACAAACAUCUUUGCCCCAUAAUGGUGCGCCAUUCGCAUUUAUACUGUAUGCUGACAAAACGCACCUUUCGUCGGCCGGUGCUGUCAAGGCAUACCCAGUAAUCGCACGCUGCGGGAAUCUGCCUGUUGAAAUCAGGAAUGUUGAUGGUCCUGGAGGAGGACGCUUAGUGGGUUGGUUGCCAAUAGUUCCUGCAGACUCAGACGAGGAUGGCAAGCUGUCCUAUACGAAUUUAAAGAAGGUCGUAUGGCACAAAUCAUUCACGAUUCUCCUUGAAACCCUCAGUCUCAUCUCCAAAACUGGCUUCGCGCACCAAUGCUAUGAUGGAAUUCUACGCUGGUUAUUUCCACUAAUACUGAUUUUAUCUGCUGAUUACGAAGAGCAGUGUGUGAUGGCCCUGAUACGAGGGUUCAACUCUGCAUGUCCUUGCCCUAUUUGCCUUGUCCCGAAGGACAAGCUCACCGACCAUUCUACAAUAUACCCUACCCGCGUCAUUGAUGAUGCACAAGCUUGCGUCCGAUUGAGGAACAUGGACCGUACCGCUGAUACCUUGCACACUUACGACAGUGGUUUGUUUGGCGAUCACAUGUUCGAGGAAGUCAAGGCCCACCUGAAAACACUGGGACGUACUGCUGAGAAGACGACUGAUGACCAGUUCACUGCGUUUCUGCGAUGGCAAAACCUAAACCACUUCGACCACGUUACAAACAUCAGUUUUUCCGAUGGCAACAAGUUCCUGGAUAUAUCUAAGCAAAUAUUGUAUACAACACAGAACGUGCUCACACGCAAAGAUGACGAAGCUGGUUAUGCACUUCUAAGGUGCAUAGCCAGCUAUCUCCAUGCCUACAUGUAUAUAACAUUUGACGUUCACACAGAAAGCACUAUUGCAGCUGGGGAGGCCGAGAUUCUCGUUUUCCAGAAGUGCUUAGAUCAAUAUAUCGAAGUUCUUGGUGACGAAGCGACAAAAAACUGGAAUUUUCCGAAGGUGCACUCAAUGAGGCACAUAUUUUCUGACAUUAGGGCAAAAGGAGCUGCGCGAAACUUUAGUACGCGGCCAAACGAGAAGCAUCAUGGGCCGAUCAAGAGGGCCUAUAAACUGCAAACAAAUGGCAAAGAUAUCGCAAACCAGAUACUCAGGCUUGACCACACAACCUUCGUCUCUGUAGUCCUCCACAACCACAUCGAUCAUUUCGAUGAUGAACGACGCAAGGCCAUACUUUCGGAGAGAGAGCUUGAGACAGAGGACCUGAAUGAUCGGUCUUUUGGCGGACAUAUUCACCUUGGCGCUCCUCAGUCCGCAAUAACCUUUGCACAGCUUGAAAACGACAAUGUGUCCAACCGUGCCUUUGGGCAGUUCCGCAAAAAGCUCUCGACCUUCCUUAAUCACGCUCUACCUGCAUACAAUAUACCAUUACCUGAUGGCAAAACGUGGCUGACGCUUUCAGCACAAGAUACGGUUCAAGAACACCAAUAUCUCAAAGUCAAUUACGAGUCUGUUGUGGACUGGAAGCUUACUACCGACCACCUGCGCUGCAACCCGAGCUUUCAUGGCCGUGAACGACGUGACUGUGCCCUUGUUCGCACCCAGGACAAAGAUGGGAAUAAUAAGAACAUUUUUGUUUGCAUUUUAUUCAUGUUCAAGCAAUCAAUUGGCAGUCAAACAUUGGAUCUCGCCCUAGUUCAACCUAUGGAUGCUCCAACAGGCCCACAACACGCUAUAGAUCAAGAUUUGCGACUGAGACGUCUUCGUGCCCGACCACUCGCUUCGACGGAGUUUAUUACGCUUCACUCGGUUAUUCGUGGUGCAUUACUUGUUCCAGACUUCGCUAGUACAAGGGGCGACUUUUUUCUCGUUGAUUAUGUGGACUCCGACAUGUUCCUUCGUUCGCAGAGAUAUAUGUUCUAA